AUGCGCGCGACGUCCACCGCCCUGACUCCGUAUCGCGCCGCCGUCGAUCCCCUUCGACGCGCGGACCAUCGCGCCGCGCGCCUUCGCCGCGUCGCGCCCGCCCCCCGCGUCGUCGCCAAGGGGCUCGAAUCCUUCGGCGGGUCCAAUGCGGCCUCCUCCGGGGGCUCUCUCGGCCGCCGCAACGCCCGCCGCGCGCACCCCAAGAUCGUCCCGAUCUCCAACGCGCGCAGGACCGUCGCCAAGAACGUCGUCCUCCAGGCUAACGACGUCGAAGACGGCGAGGAACUCACCGCGCUCGACGCGAACAAGCCGUACACCCCCCCCCAUGCGCUGCCGGGAGACCCGAGUUCCCCGACGCACGACAAGUCCUCCAGGCACCAUCAGGACCUGGUGUCCAACCACAUCGUCCACCAGAUCUCCACCGAGCCCUCCACGGGCACGCUCGCGAGCUGCAACCGCAACCUCGCCCUCGAGAUGGUCCGCGUCACCGAAUCCGCCGCGGUCGCCGCCGCGCGAUGGCUCGGCAAGGGCGACAAGAUGGCCGCCGACGGCGCCGCGGUUCGAGCCAUGCGCCAGGCGCUCAUGCACGUCGACUUCUCCGGCCGCGUCGUCAUCGGCGAGGGCGAGAAGGACGACGCGCCCAUGCUCCACAACGGCGAGCUCGUCGGCACCGGCGUCGAGCCCGUCGCGGAGAUCGCCGUCGAUCCCAUCGACGGCACCACCCUCGUCGCCGGCGGUCGCAACGGCGCCGUCUCCGUCAUCGCCAUCGCCGAGCGCGGCGCGCUGUUCGACCCGGGGCCCGCGUUCUACAUGGACAAGCUCGUCGUCGGGCCCGCCGCGGUGGGGCACGUGGACAUCACGCGAUCCCCGACCGUCAACGUCCACGCAAUCGCUCGAGCGCUCAAGAAACCCGUCAGCGAAGUCACCUGCGUCGUGCUGGACCGCGACAGGCACGUGGGGCUCGUCGAGGAGCUUCGGAUGGCGGGCGCGCGAAUCAAGCUCAUCUCCGACGGCGACGUGGAGGCGGCGAUCGCGGUGUGCGACCCGGAGUCUGGCGUCGACGCGCUCUUCGGUAUCGGCGGGACUCCGGAGGGGGUCAUCGCCGCCGCCGCGAUUCGGUGCAUGGGCGGGGAAAUUCAGGGCCAGCUCUGGGUGCGAUCGCCGGAGGAGGCGGCGGCGUGCAGGGCGGCGGGCGCUGACCCGAUGCGGGUGCUGAGGACGAACGACCUGUGCGGCGGCGAGGAGGUGUUCUUCACCGUGACGGGGAUCAGCGACGGCGACUUGCUCGACGGGGUCAACUUUCACGACUUCGGCGCCACGACGCACUCGUACAUCAUGCGCGCGCCAUCCGGGACGAUCCGAUACAUGAAGACGUACCACAGGUGGAAGGACAGGAUGGCGCAGACGAACAAACUGCAGGAUUCUUUGACUGGCGGCGGCGCGUUCAAGCUCUAAGCACCCAGUCGCGGCGACUGGGACCAUCUGAAGCUUUUUUGCGGGUACACUCCCCAGGUGAAGCUCGACCAGCCCGUCACUAUGCUCAAAGUGUCGCCGAAAAUUCACCACUUUGUCAGCUUUUUCCAGUUCAUUCACUGGAGAGCAUGACAUUUCAGAGCGACACUUUGAUGCUAUUAUCCUCGCGACUUUCUGUCACACGGAACCGAGGUGAUGGUGCUGGUCGAGCUUCCGCGCACUUCAGAUGGUCUCAAGCCGCCGCCCGCCAACUUGUACCCUACUCUCAACAUCCUGUUUUAACAUACGUUGUACAUAACCCCC